AUGUUAGUGCGACCAAGAAACUUUACACAUGAAAUCGAAUGUUCUGUUCCACUAUUACUUUGGAGACACUGGAAACAAGAAGUUGGAAUCCGUGAAUGUUCUAUUGGCUUUGAUUUCUUCUUGUGCCAUCUCCACGGAACGCUAGUUCUUGGGGAACAGGAGGUAUAUGACAAUCAAAGCAAAAUGAUGGAAGAGAGUGGAGUAGAGACAACACCUCCUGGAACUCCCCCACCGGCUGCUACAGGAACAGUAAUUACAACAUCUACUGCAACUGUACCUAUAGCUUCUUCUGGAUCAUUUUCUUCUCCUAAUACACCUUCAGUGCAAUCCUUACCACCACAAACAUUCUCUACACCUAUGCCUUCACUUGGUCCCAUGAAGUCUUCAGCCUUGCCUUUUGUAACAGCUUCACCUGUUCCUCCUAUCUCACCUUCUGUUUCUGUUACCCCACAUCUUGUUGGUUCAGUCCCACCUCCCAUUGCCCCAUCAGCUGCUACAACUUUCACUAGUAAUGCUCCUCCCCAAAUUCCAUAUUUUCCUUCAAGCACUGCUCCAAGUACUGUUAUUUCUCCUCCUCCUAUGGGGCCUCCAAUAUCAGGAUUUUCUGUUGGUUCAGCCUAUGACAUCACAAGGGGUCAUGCAGGAAGAACUCCCCAGACACCUUUAAUGCCAUCAUUUUCUGCACCUGCUGUUACAGGUGUUUUGGCAACUCCAAUUUCUCAACAAGCCAGUUCUCAAACUAUGCCACAGGGAACUGGAAGUGGCUCUACUAUCACUUUUCCAGAGGAGCAUGAAGACCCUAGAGUGGUUAGCAUUCAGAAUGAAGCAUCUACUGGUGGUAUCUGGGGGUUUAUUAAGGGUGUGGCUGGGAAUCCUAUGGUGAAAUCAGUGCUUGAUAAAACUAAACACUCAGUAGAAAGUAUGAUUACUACGCUGGACCCAGGCAUGGCUCCAUAUAUCAAAUCUGCAGGUGAACUAGAUAUUGUGGUAACUUCAAAUAAAGAGAUAAAAAUUGCUGCUGUCCGAGAUGCCUUCCAGGAAGUCUUUGGUUUAGCUAUAGUUACAGGAGAAGCUGGCCAGUCCAACAUUGCACCACAACCAGUGGGUUAUGCAGCUGGAUUAAAAGGGGCCCAAGAACGGAUAGACAACUUGCGGCGAACUGGUGUGAUUCAUGAGAAACAACCUGCUGUAUCUAUAGAAAACUUUAUUGCUGAAUUACUACCUGACAAGUGGUUUGACAUUGGCUGUUUGAUAGUUGAAGAUCCUGUCCAUGGCAUUCAUCUAGAAACUUUUACACAAGCUACACCAGUGCCUUUGGAAUAUGUACAGCAGGCUCAAUGUCUUACUCCCAAGGAUUAUAAUUUAAGGUGGUCAGGCCUUUUGGUAACUGUGGGUGAAGUACUUGAGAAGAGCUUGGUACAUGUCAGCCGGACUGAUUGGCAUGUUGCUUUCACUGGCAUGUCUCGCCGACAAAUGAUCUACAGUGCUGCCAAAGCUAUAGCAGGCAUGUAUAAACAACACUUACCACCUAGGACCACUUGAAAGAAGAUUGUCUGGGAUACAGAGACUUUUUUUUUAGCUUAAUAUCAAAGAAGAAAUCAUAUCUUCUGAUUGAAGAAUUUGAAUGAAUUCUGCAGGUUUUUUAAUUUAACUGGUAUUCCAAAUAGAAAAAAGAACAAAUGUAAUUUUCUUAUAUAAUAAUCUAACUUCAAAUAUCAUAGUUCUCAGAAAUGAGCAUCUCUAGACAAAUACAUUUAUAACAAUUUGAUAGUACUAAAUUUGUAAAAGAAAGUUUAUUUGCUGAGACAUUUAAUGUACUUGUUUAAAUUGAGUAUUUUUUAAAAGAGGAUAUAACUAGUAGAUAACUAGUUCCUCUCAGCUCUGAAUCCAUGUCUGAGCUUACUAUCAUCUAUAGUGUUGCUUAUUUCUCAUUUCACUUCAAAAUGAAAUUUUCCUCCCAUAUUUUUAAAAAAUCUGAUUUGUGUAAGAUCUCAGGACUUAUUCAUGAGAUACAUGAAAAUAAUAUUUUCAUGAACAUUUUAUAAAACAUCAAAUUUUUUCAUGCUGAUAGUGAUUCACAUAGCCAUAUGUAACAUGGCUUGUCAAAGCCAUAUUUCAGUGUAUAUCAUAUCUUGGUAUAUCAUAAAUUGUCACAUGAACAUCAAGAUACUAUUUUUUAUUUUUCUGUCUUUGUUUUCUCAGUAUCUGAAAACAUAGUUGCAGAUGGGUACAUUUUGCUUCUCUGUAAUUCAGAAACAUUUCUAGAAUCAUCUUGCACAGCACUAUAGGUGAACAUGCUACUGCUUCCCAUGCAAAUGAUUUUUGUGCUUUAUUUACUUCUACUUUCCAUUCUACAAUAAAGUGUUUGAUGAGCAGGGAAUAUUUUACUUUUAUAGGGCUGGUGUUUGUGUUUUUAAAAAUAAUUACAGUACUUUUUGGUUUUGCUUUAAAACAUCUUUUCAGCUAAUGCCAUUCUGCCUUUACUUUUUUAGAUACCUUGAGGAUCCUUUUUAUACUAUAUGCAAUACGUUAAUCCAUUAUAUUUGUACACAGUGAUAAUUUAUCCUUUUCCCAAAUAAUCUAUUUUGCCAUCAUUGACAAUUAAAUAAA